CAGCAGAUCGCGACUCUGCUCAACGACAAUGGCUGCACCAGACGAUCAAGGUAUAUCCAGCAUGAAGCGGAGUCUGGAUAUUUCAGAGACGAAAGCCGAAAUAGAUGCGGAUGAGUUACGCCUGGCGCAAAUGGGUCAUACCCAGGAGCUCAAUCGACAUUUCAGCACCCUGAGUCUGAUCGGUCUGGCCUCCACGACAACUAUCUCAUGGACAGGGUUGGGUCUUGGUUUGAUCACUGAGAUUGGAGCUGGAGGUCCCGGCGCAGUUAUCUACGGCUUCAUCCUCGUGACAAUCCUGCAAUGCUUCCUCGGAGCGUCACUCGCUGAGUUCGUGUCGUCUUACCCUACCGAGGGCGGCAUGUAUCAUUGGAUUGCCGCCGUUGCGCCAAGAAGAGCAACUGGUAUUCUUAGCUUUCUCACUGGUUGGUUCAGUGUUCUCGGCUGGAUCUUCACCACUGCAUCUACCAACAUCAUCUACGCUCAAAUUCUCAUGGCAUUGAUCGCUCUGUAUGUAGCUGACCUCGAGAUCAAGGCCUGGCAGACGUUUAUCGUCUACCAAGGCUUGAACCUACUCACCGCUGGCGUUGUCAUGUUUGGGAACAAGAUAAUCCCAGCUCUGAACAAGUUCUCGCUCUUCUACUUACAGAUCGGCUGGCUCGUUGUGCUAGUCACCGUCGUCGCAUGCGCCCCAACACAUCGUGAUCCCGAAUUCGUCUUCAGGACUUGGAUCAACACGACUGGUUGGAAUAACCCCAUUUGCUUCAUCACGGGAUUGGUUAAUCCUUUAUUCUCUCUUGGUGGUCUUGACGGAGUGACCCAUAUCACAGAGGAGAUGCCCAAUCCUUCGAAGAAUGCUCCUCUUGCCAUUGCUAUCACCCUGUCUAUCGCGUUCUGCACUGGUAUCACCUACCUGAUCAGUCUCAUGUUUUCCAUCCAGGACUUCGACCAGCUCACAUCGGGCAACACUGGCAUGCCGCUUGCAGAGCUCUUCCGCCAGGUCACCCAAAAGACUGGUGGUGCAUUUGGUCUCCUUUUUAUCCUGUUCAUCGCUCUCGGCCCCUGCGUGGUCAGCUCGCAGCUCAGCACUGGUCGAAUCUUCUGGGCCUUCUCCCGCGAUGGUGCUAUUCCGUUUUCCAAAGUCUGGUCCAAGGUCCACCCAAGCCUCAAGAUCCCCUUCAAUUCCCAGCUUGCAGUCACAGCUGUGAUUGCUGCCCUGGGAUGCUUGUAUCUCGGCUCAUCGACCGCAUUUAACUCCCUUCUCGGAACGGCCGUCACUAUCAACAACAUUUCCUACAUGUUCCCGAUCCUCACCAACCUGCUUACCGGCAGGAAGAACAUGCACAAGGGUGUAUUCCACAUGGGCCCAACGAUCGGACCCAUUGUCAACACCGUGACAGUUUGUUGGCUGACAUUCGCGAUCAUCUUCUUCUCCUUCCCUUACGUUAUGCCCGUUGAGGUUGCAAACAUGAACUAUACCUGUGUCGUCGUGGGUGGCCUGGCAAUCCUAAUUGGCGCAUGGUGGUUGAAGGCUGGCAAGGAGUAUACUGAAAAAAUGAUGAAGGCGAAGGAGGAAUAAAGUAUAAUAAUUAGAAUUCAGGACUUUACAAGGCAUGAUACUUACUAUUAUAA